UUUUGAGACGCAUACUCGCUGCUCCAGCCAUCAUUUACUCACACAACACACAGGAAAGGCGGAGCCGGUGAAGAAAUAUUUUCAACAACGGAGAAGCUAAGGCGGCAAAGGACAAGGACAACUCAGGUGUCAAGUGUUUACAGUUGAGUUGAGUCACAACUGACAGAUCUCCCCUGAGACCCUGAGAGCACCUCACCAUGGGAAACACUACCAGCAGCGCCCUGUCAAAGGAGAUCCUGGAGGACCUCAAGCUCACCACCAAGUUCUCCGAAACCGAGAUCUCGCAGUGGUACGAGAACUUUCAGACGCAGUGCCCGACGGGACGCAUAACACCGGAAGAGUUUGAGCAGAUCUACAGCCGCUUCUUCCCCGACAGCGACGCCAAGACCUACGCGCGGCACGUCUUUCGCUCCUUCGACACCAACGACGACGGCACCCUGGACUUCAAGGAGUACAUCAUCGCGCUGCACAUGACCUCCACCGGGAAGACCACGCGGAAGCUGGAGUGGGCCUUCUCCCUGUUCGACGUGGACAAGAACGGAUACAUCAACAAGACGGAAGUGACGGAGAUCUGCCAGGCCAUAUUUAAGCUGAUCCCCAAGGAGGAGCAGAGCAAGCUUCCAGAGGACGAGAACACACCCGAGAAAAGAGCCAACAAACUGUGGGCCUACUUUGAAAAGAAAGACAACGGGCGACUGGCUGAAGGAGAGUUCAUCCAAGGAGUGACUGAAAACGAGAAUGCGAUGCGUCUUAUCCACUAUCAACCGAUAGCAUAAAAGUCUCCCUGCCUCCCAACGCUCGUCCUCUCGCAUCCACUUUGAUCCGCUCAGCCCCUCGGUGUAAAUACUCUUUUCUGCAGUGUGGUUUAUUAUGGCGUAGUGUUUAAAACAUAUGGCAAACGUUAAUUGAUCAUCCUUUAAAUGGAUUGAGUUUGAUUUUGGCUUGGGGGAAAGUAAUGUUAAUGAUAACUGUACAAGUAUAAUAUCUGAUUGUUAGUUUAUUCUUUUUUUAUUACAGGAGUGGAAAUGUCAUAAUUGGUUGUAGUUCUUAAGUGAUGUCUAUUUACUCCAAAAUCAAUUAAAGGUUUUCUCAUAUAUCUGUUUGUCUCUAUCCCAGAUAUCAAUCAAUUGUUUCAUGAUCUGGAAACAAAAUGUAUAAUGUAAUGCAAACAAUGAUGACUAAAUCCAGCACUAUGUAAAACAUUUUAGGUACAUUUUGGCACUUUUUUGACAAUACUGCCUGUAUAACUUUAUUUUCAACACAGUAAAUACUUGAAUGUGAUAUUCAGUUUGAAACAAUUAUUUCCCUGAAAUGUUUCACGGUGCAGUGUUUGUGUGUGUGUGGUUGUGUGUGUGUGUGUGUGUGUGCGUGCGUGCGUGCGUGCGUGUGCCUGGGUUUCUUUCCAACUUUCAGUCUGACCCCUCACAACUCCCCCCCCCCCCCCCUC